AUGAAAAUGUAUCAUUGUACAAUAUAUUUGACUCAACCGGAUUUAUUUGUUCGUUUUUGUUUCCGGAAAAUCGACUAUCGUGUGCCAUCUAAUCCAAAUGCUCCAAGCGGUGGUUGUGGUCAAAGUUGUGGUAGCAGUGGUAGCUAUGUUAGCAGCUAUGGUAGCAGUGGUAGCUAUGUAGGACCACUACCAUCAGCGCCACUUGGUACUGGAAUAAAUGGCGCUUAUUUGCAGCAACAGCAACACCUGCAGCAGCCAAUCGCUUAUGUUAGUGGUGGCAGUGUGCCUUCUUAUGGAGCUGGUAGUAUUGGCGGAUCAUAUCAAAGUGCACAAAUUAAUCCUCCUAGUGGUAGUAGUUUUUAUUCAGGUGGAAAUCAAGCAGCAGCAAUUGGUAAUAUUCCUCCAGGAUAUGGCGCAAAUGUUGAUAGUAGUGGAAUUGGAGGAGGAAUUAAUGGUUUGACACCACCGCCGCCAAAUAUUACUCCACCAUCAGAAUUACAAUUUCCACUAUCGAAACAGGACAGUUUUGACGAUGGCUCGAUGCAGCAUACUGAAGGACAAUUGAUGCCUACUGCUACUUUAAUUCAGCCAAGUUAUGCUGCAGAAGAUGUACAAAAAAUGGCAUCACAUGAACAAUCAUUUGGUGCUUAUCAGGAAGCUCAAUACCAACAACAGCAGCAACAACAACAAUAUCAACAACAACAACAACAAUAUCAAGAACCGGAUACUAGAAUUGAUAAAUUAGAAAUAGAUCAAGAUCAAGUAAAGACGGAUGUAGCAGAUGAGAAAAGUGCCGAUAAUAUAGCAUCAAGAAUAACUGAUAGUAGUGAAAUGUUGAAUAAGUAUGAGCAAAGUGAAUCGGAAAUUUCACAAGAUCGAAAAGAAAAUUUAAAAACUGAUUCUACUUAUCAAAGUGAAAGUUAUGGGCAGCAAUCAGAAAUUCCUGUAGCAUCAACUGCUCCAAUAGCUAAAUCAUUGGAAUCAUCCAGAAUAGAUGCACAAAAUAAUAAUAAAAUAGUAACCGAAACAAAUGCCGGAUAUGAUCAAAAUGAAGAAAAUAUAAUCAUCGAAUCGAUAGGUACCGAAAGUAGUGAUUCCACAUGUAACGAUCCGGUUUUGAAAGCUCUUAUUGAAUCAACACUAAACGAAUAUCGUGAUAAUUUGGAUGCAGCACGAAGUAUUGAAAGUAAAGCAUCACAACGUUUCGGUGGCCGUUUUAAUUCGAUUGUUUCCGAUUCCGAAUUUGCAUAUGUAAAUUGGUACGGUAAACGUAAUUGCCAAUUACAGGUUAACGGAAGGCAUUCAUUAACAUGGGAGGAUUGA